AUGCCCCGAGGGAAGUCUGCCAUCAGCGCGUGCACAGACGACAGCGAGAUGGACGUCGACGCUUCCGAAAUUGCAAAGCUGCAGAGACAGUACAGAAUCAUGGAUGGGGACCGUCAGGCGUACGGCAUUCAAGCUCGCAAGCAGAUCCGCAAACAAGAGCAGGAGAUUCAGAAGCUGCUGGAGGAGCAGGCAGAGCUGCAGUGCACCCUGGGAGUGUGUAAGAGCCUGGGCCGACAGAACCAGGACCAAGAGGAGGUCCAGGGACUGAGGACCAUCCUGGACCAGAUUCAACUGAUCGAAGAGGAGUUUAAUGAAGAAAGGGAAAGACAAAGAAAACUGGAGCAAGAGAUCGCCAGCGUCGAAGCGAAGCUGAAGGAGGUGAGGAGAGGAGAGGUGAACCGCGGAGACAAAGUGAAGGCUGAGGUCCGACAGACUCAGAAAGCCAUCCGCACCCUGGAGAACAAACUGGACCGAGCUUCAGCUCGAUUUAGUGAGCAGCUGACGAGGAACAAGCAGUUGAGAGAAGAGCUCCAGCUUCUGCACAUUGAACGAUCUCGGUUCCAGCAGCUUUACAAACGCCUGGACAAGAAGCUGCAAGAAGAUCGCAGAAAGAUUGGGGAGCUCAUAAACCAAUCCACAGCUGCUUAUGACGCAAGAGUGGAGGCCCAAACCAAAAUGUCACUGAUGAAGGAGAAAACUGUGAAGGACUUGUCUCAGUACAACGCAGAGAUGAAGGAGCUGGAGAGGCUGAUCUCACACGACCAAAACCACAACUGCUUCAUGACCACCAAGUGCAACGAUCGCCCUGGAGACGGGGAGCAGAAGCAGGUGUCGGAUGUGAAAGACCUUUGGAGGAUGGACCCUCUGAGUGAAGAGUCGCUGGAGUCUUUAGAGGAAGUGUUUGAAAGGAUUCAGAAAGUCACAGGAGAAAAAGACCUGAAUGAGAUGGUGGCUAAAUUUCUUCAAGUUGAAGACAGGAACUUUGCCCUGUUCAAUUUUGUAAAUGAACAAAACAAGGAGGCCGAAUCUCUGAGGGAGCAGAUCAACCAGAUCAAAGAGGAGAUGGAGAAAUUCCGGGUGGAGACUCUGCUGCAGGAGGAGAAUCACAGUCUGUUGGUCAAAGAAAUGAACAAACAACAAAAGGAAAUUCUAUCUGAAGCUGAAGAGUAUGAAACCCAAGCGGACGGUCUGAGCAAAACUCUGGAUCAAGUUAAAACAGGGAUUCAGAACAUUUUCACUAAACUGGAAUGCGACCAGUCUGUGAUUGAAGACAUUUUGGGAUCAUCCUCGGGCGUCAACGACAACAACAUUAUGUCUUACUUGAGUCUGAUCGAGCAGAAGACCAUCGAGAUGCUCACGGUGCGGGCGUAUCUGCAGUCCAAGGUAGAUUUUCAUACAAAGUGGGAAGAAUCAUUUUGA